ACAAUUUAUUUUUAAAAAUAAAAAUAUAAAACGAAAAGCGGCAAAACGGAAAGCGAAUUCGAAUUAUUUAUUUUUGUUUUGUGUUUAAAAAAAGAUAGAACCAUGGCGUUCAUGAUGCCCGUUAUGAAGAACAACUACGACAUUUACAAGGACACGCGGUCCCGCAAGACGUCCGAGUGCUCGAAUGCCAGCAGUAACGGUACCACCACGGCCCUGGCCUCUGCCCUCGGCACACCCGCCCCACCGGGCAGUGCCCCCCAUUCGCAACGGCGCCGCAAGGUGUCCGAAUGCAAGUCGGAAAGCUUUGCGGCGAGUCCAUCGCACUUUGGUGGUGGCAUCGGCAGCGGCAGCGGCGUAGGCGGCGGCGGCGGCUCCAAUUCCCAUCGUUUGCACAUGCAGCGCUCCAACAGUUCGCGCGCCUUUCCCCGCAACACCUCCCGCAGCUCCCACGGCUCGAUGCAACACAUGCAAAUGAUAUCGCCCACACGGUCCAGUCCGCCCAGUCGCUCGGCCACCGCCUCGGCUCUGGAACGACAAGCGGCCGCCCAGGCAGCGGCGCAGCUGAAUUUAAAAAAUCAGAGUUCUAGUGGCGCCACCGGCGGUGAAUCCUCGAACGACUACACCAAAUUCCAUCUCCGGUUGGUCGACAAGCUGCGCAAAUCCUUCCGCAAGGAUAGCGGCAAACGGUCAUGAGAACAGGCUCCAAAUUCGCAGCAACAACCGCAACAGCAACAACAACAACAACAGCAACAGUACAACAACCACAAUAUCAACAACAACAACAAUAACAACAACG